AUGGAUAGGCGACAAGUAUUUGGAGGCGUCGGCUACGGCUUACUCAAAUAUACUAUGAGGUUAGGUUUCUGGUGUUUCAGUGGACUUUCUGGACUUCCCGGACUUUCUGGACUUUCCGGGCUUCCCGGACUUUCUGGACUUCCCGGACCUUCCGGACUUCCCGGAUCUUCCGGACUUCCCGGACUUUCUGGAUUUCCCGGACUUCCCGGACUUUCUGGACUUCCCGGACUUCCCGGACUUUCCGGACUUCCCGGACUUUCCGGACUUCCCGGACUUUCCGGAAAGUCCAGGAAGUCCAGAAAGUCCAGAAAGUCUGGGAAGUCCAGAAAGCCCUGCGGAAAGUCCCGAAAGUCUGGGAAGUCCAGAAAGUCUGGGAAGUCCAGAAAGCCCUGCGGAAAGUCCCGAAAGUCUGGGAAGUCCAGAAAGUCCGGGAAGUCCAGAAAGUCCGGGGAAGUCCAGAAAGUCCGGGGAAGUCCAGAAAGUCCGGGAAGUCCAGAAAGUUCAGAAAGUCCAGGAAGUCCAGAAAGUUCAGAAAGUCCGGGAAGUCCAGAAAGUUCUGAAAGUCCGGGAAGUUCAGAAAGUCCGGGAAGUCCAGAAGAUUAG